AUGGCGGUACAUAUCGAAUCGUCUAUGCAGUUUAGCAAAUUGCUAGGCUCAUCAACUAUAGUUGUUUCCGAUUUUUAUGCGGACUGGUGCGGACCCUGCAAAGCCAUCGCCCCAACCUAUGAAUCUUUAGCUACCAAGCACUCGAAGCCAAAUCGUGUUACAUUUACGAAAGUCAAUGUAGAUAAUCAGCAGUCCAUAGCUCAGCGAUAUGGAGUUAGAGCCAUGCCAACCUUCCUCAUCUUUCGAUCCGGCGCUGUCAUCGAAACUAUUCAAGGCGCAGAUGUUCGUAAGCUCACGACCGCCAUCGAGAAUGCUGUGAAACUAGCCGGUGCACCAAAGCCAUCCUUCUCCAGCCCAGGACAAACACUGGGCGGAUCUGCCCCUACGCGCUCCACGAUGGCAAGACAAUUUAGCUUUGAUAGGCUACUCCACGAUAUUAUUGCAUUUUUCGGACUCUACCUCUACUCCCUGUUCUCAUUUGAUGCAUACACCGCAGCAGAGAACUCACCAUUCAAUAUCCAUAAGGUCCCUGCUGCACCGGCAGCAAAAACACCCGGUGGAAGAGCUGGAGCAGCUACUCAGGUCGGAAAGAAACUAGGGACUAUCGCCGACUUAGCGGGCAAAGACUGA